CCAGAGGAGGAGGAGGCCUCUGAGCCUACACGUGGACAAAGCAAUGAGAGAGUCAGGCGGGCUCGGAUUGGAGGGCGAGUAGCCAAUCCGUGUGUGUCUAGAAGAGAGAGAGGUUCUUUAGAACGAGGAGCAGCUUCGAGCCAGAAGUCGGACCAAUCAGAACAAGAGGAGGAGGAGGAAGGGUGGGACUUAGUCUCUAGGUGACAGGUGUGGAAGGGGCGCUGCAUUAACUGCCAUGGCUCAAAGGCUUGUCACACUACAGCUGAAAGACCCUUCUGCCUUCCUCCCUUUGGGACAUCAAGAUGUCUGCGUUGGACCAACUCUAUUUGACGGAGAAAGACGCUGUGACGGGGAAAACGAAGACUUUGCCCGCCUUGCACCCUGGGAGGAGGAGUGAGCGCGCCUUCCCGCGGUACUGCCCUCCACCCAAAGUGCCAUGGCCUAGCGCUGAGUGGGAAGAGUUCCUGAGUAGGACCACUUCCCUGGCCGAGGGAUUCGAUUGGCUCCUCGCCCUGCCCCACCACCGCUUCUGGUGCCAGGUGAUUUUUGAAGAGAGUCUGCAAAAGUGCCUGGAUGCCUUCCUGAGCUCUGCCCCCCGAAAGUUCGACGCCAAUGCAAUGGAUGAGGUGACCAUGGAUUUGACCCCAGAAGUGGACAAAGUGCAAAGGCGGCUCCACCGCGGAGUCUUCAUGACCUUCCUCCAGAUGUCCACCCACAAGGAGUCCAAAGAGCACUUCCUGUCUCCCUCUGCCUUCGGGGAGAUCAUCUACAAUCACUUCCUGUUCGACAUCCCCAAGCUCAUGGACCUCUGCGUUCUUUUCGGGAAAGGAAAUGGGCCCCUCCUGCACAAGAUGAUACAGAACGUCUUUGCGCAGCAGCCCAGUUACUUCGUUGACUUGGAUGAAUCCCUUACCACCAUCUUCCAGGUCUUUGGCAGCAUCUUGGAGACAUGCGGCUUGGCAAGCGAAGGGCCCCAGAAGCUGGGAGAACGGCCCCGGACAACCCCACGUGACAUGCCCCUUCUGGAUCUGGCAGAUAUCAUCCUGUACUUGUGCGACAUCUGUGUGACACUCUGGGCUUUCCUGGAGGUUUUCCCAUUGGCUGCCCAGACCUUCCACAAGCACGACUUCUGUGCCAGGUUGGUGUCUUUUUAUGAGGUGCUGGUGCCUGAGCUGGAGUCUGCCAUCAAGAGGAGGUGUCGGGAAGACCCCAGGUUGGUGUCGGAUUUGUGGCGGAGGCUGUCUCACUCGAAGAAGAAAAUGGCGGAGCUCUUCCACCUCUUGGUGCAGCAUCUCUGCCUACAGCCCAUCCUCGAAAGCAGCAGUGAGAAUAUCCAGCCUUUUGUUGAGGAGUUCCUCCAGAUCUUUGCCUCCAUCCUUCAAGAAAGAAGAUUCCUCCACGAAUAUGAUGCGCUUUUCCCAGUUGCAGAUGACGUCAGUCUCCUCCAACAGGCUUCCCCCCAUUUGGACGAAACACGGACCUCUUACCUGCUGCAGGCGGUCAAAGGCGCCUGGGAGGAAGAAGAGGAAGCAGGAAGAGGAAGUCGAGGCAGGAGGGGCCCCCAAAAAACACCCCUCCCAAAAGGGGGCGACAUCAAAACCGCCAUUGUGGGGCCCCCGAAGGCUGCCUUGGAGGCAAUGCAGAAGGAAGAUGAAGUCUUAGGGGCACGUCCUCACAGGGUCACAGGGGCAGAGCUGACCUCACUAAUCUCGCAGGUCAAGGACCUCCUCCCAGAUUUGGCGGAUGAUUAUGUGGUUUCCUGUUUGCGGGAAUAUGACUACAAUGUGGAAAAGGUCAUCCAUCACCUUUUAGAAAGGAAGCUGGACAGGGUCACAACCCCCGACCCGACCCCCCUGCUGAGGUCACGACACAACAUCUUCCAGGAUGACGCCUUCGACGUUUUCUCCACUGACCGGGUGGACCUCUCCCGCAUCCAGAAGGGCAAACGGUCAGAGAGGACGAGCACCCGCCUGCUUCUAGGAGACAAGAGCUUCCUGGAGGCACAGAGGGACCGCUACGGCCUCUACUCGGUCGUGGCAGAGGAAGUCCCGCCCUGGCAGGAAGUUUCACCCUCCUAUGAAGACGAGUACGAUGACACCUACGAUGGGAACCAGGUGGGCGCCAACGACACCGACGACCCUCACGAUGAGCUCCUCAACCGCAGGCUGUUCACAGUCCCUCAGGUUCUGAGGUCCAAGCAGCAUAAAGGACAGGAAAUAGAACAGGAAGACGAAGAGGAAGUGGAGGAAGACGAGGAGGAGGAGGAACAGGAGGGGCCCAAGGACCACUUUGUGCAGGAUCCGGCUAUUUUAAGGGAGCGAGCCGAGGCCCGACGCAUGGCCUUCCUGGCCAGGAAAGAGCCGCGUAUGGACCCUUCGUCGGCCAGUGGGAAAGGCCCAAACAAGGAGGCAGCGCCAGAGCGACAGAGGAAGGAGGCAGCCAAAGCGAGCCGCGCCAAUCACAACCGGCGUGUAAUGGCCGACCGCAAGAGGAGCAAAGGCAUGAUCCACCAAUAAAGAAGCCCUCCUUGCACUGCAAUCAGCCUCUGCUUGGAAUUAUUUUGGACGCAUAAUAGGAGGUUAUAAUAUACUAUUGAAAUAGAGCUGCGGAUAGUGAGAUCCAAGCCACAGAUGCCAGAACCUGAGGCGCAGAUACCGAGUCUAAUAAGCAACAACCGGCACCAGCCAUCAGCCGUUCUUGUGAGUCCGUGUGCCUGGCAAGCACACGGCAAGAAGCCUGAUUUCCUGAAAUAAAG